UACCAUGGCGGCGUCCGAGGGAGUAGAAGCUAAUGCUACUUCCUUCAUGGAUCCGUUAAAAGAUGUUCUGGUGAAUUAUUUAAUGCCGGAAAAGUGUUACGACGAGUUUUUCCUCAAUUUUAACUUCCUGCAAGUGGAGUGCCUGAAGAUAAUCAUAAGCAAAGGUUUGGGCAUUGGAAUCAUCCUUGGCUCUGUAUUGGUGAAACUGCCUCAGAUCCUAAAGCUGAUUGGUGCAAAGAGUGCUGAAGGUCUGAGUUUUAACUCUGUGCUGCUGGAGCUGUUUGCCAUUACUGGCACCAUGGCCUACAGUAUCACUAACAACUUCCCAUUCAGUGCCUGGGGUGAGGCCUUAUUCUUGAUGUUGCAGACAGUGGCAAUAGGGUUUCUUAUCCAGCAUUAUAGUGGAAGCACUGUCAAAGGAUUGGGCUUUCUGGUAAUGUACUUCGGCCUGGUGGCUUUCAUCUUGUCUCCUGUCACUCCCAUGUCUGUUGUCACUGCCAUGCAAGCAUCCAACAUGCCAGCUAUUGUCAUUGGACGGCUCAUUCAAGCUGGUACAAACUACAGAAACGGACACACAGGACAGCUAUCAGCCAUUUCAGUGUUCCUGCUAUUCGGCGGCUCACUGGCACGCAUAUUCACCACAGUACAGGAGACAGGUGACUCUCUAAUGGCUCUCACAUACAUCAUCUCUUCUUCCUGCAAUGGACUGAUUGCUGCUCAGGUCCUGUACUACUGGAACGUCAGACCAGCAGUUAAGAAGAAGGCUGAGUAAACAAGGCCAGAAAAACAGCGAUGCACUGAAAAGCUAAUACCUCCACAUCCAUUCCAGCUGUAGAAUCUGCUUGUAACUGUGGAUUAAUGUAAUAUGAAAGUGACAUGAGAUGCAUCUGUUUAGGGAAGCAGUUUCCACUGAGUGGGUUACGGCACACUUUGAGCUAAUAAUGGGUGGAGAUAUUGGUAAGCAGUACUGUGUACAGAUAGACACACAUAAUCAUUCUCAUUCUUUUAGUGCCCUCUUGUGGUCAGAAGUGUAGGACCAAAAAGCAUUUCUCAAAAGUUGGACCCUUUAUAUUCAGCAUGAAAAAAUAUUCCAUUCACUACACACAAGAUCAUAGGUCGCCAUGCCUAAUUUGUUUAGAUUAGUUUGUUUAGAAUUUCCUUAUCUCAGGGAAAAGAUACAGUGUUUUCAUGGUUCAGAAACUUCUUCACACUCAGCAUUUACUUCACUUUUAAUAUCCACUGAAAUAAUUCCAUUCAGAAAUACUGUAGAGAUUCUAGCUGAGCUGCUAAGGCAGAGCAGUGUAAAUAAAAUGAAGGCAAGGUUGUUCCACAGGUAUGCAAAUUGCACAUUCAGAAAGGUUAUUUUACUUGUUGUUUAUCCUAUUUUCACUGUCAUAUCAAAACCUUGUGAAUUUCUUUCCAUUUUUUUUAAACUUAUUGAAAAUAGCAGCUACUGUCCAGUAUAAAUGGUCCAAGACAAGCUAUAUUCUCUAUAAAACUGAAUUUCUAUUAAUGUACAUUAAGUAAAAGUAGGGAGAUCAAGUUAUAUGAAGCUUCUACAAAGUUUUUUUUAGAAGCAUGGUUUUCUUAUGACAGUGAUGAUUUCAUUGAAGAUUUCAUCUUGUCAAUUUUAUUGAUUGAUGUACUGUAAUUAUAAAUAUAAACAAUCAUAAAAAACGGGAACACACGUUUUGGAAUGUAGUGAAAUGGUAUUGCACUUUGCCCGCCCAUCAUGCAAGCAUUUCUGUCUUGAAGGGUGAACAACAGGGAGUCACAAAACACAACAAAAUAAAUGGUUUUAGGAGA